AUGUGGUUAGUGCUCGCACCAACAGCCAAUGCACUAGUAAAGAGCCUGCGCAAGCUGCCCAUCCUCCAUGAUGCGGUGUAUGCCGAUGAGACUGACAUGUAUAACUACUAUUCCUAUGAGAACACCCUGGUCCUGCCGAAGCUGACAUCUCAUUCUGGACAGUCAUUUCAUGGGUUAUCUAAAGAUAAAAAGAGGAUCAUCUACACUGUCUUAGAGUACUGCCCUUUGCUGGACUCCUCAAAUAUGACCACAGAUGACUGGGGGAGAAUUGGAAAGGACAUUGAGAAAAACUAUGAAAUGUACGAUGGCUUUGUGAUCCUUCAUGGCACAGACACUAUGGCUUACACAGCCUCUGCCCUGUCCUUCAUGUGUGAACAUCUGGGCAAACCAAUCGUUCUCACUGGCUCACAGGUGCCUAUCUAUGAGAUGAGGAACGAUGGCAGGGGCAACCUGCUGGGGGCGCUGCUGAUCGCUGGACAGUUUGUCAUUCCUGAGGUGUGUCUGUAUUUCUAUAACAAACUCUACCGAGGGAAUCGCGUGACCAAGGUGGACACUGGGAGUUUCAACGCAUUCUCCUCUCCUAACCUUGCUCCACUGGCCAUUGUUGAAGUGGAUAUUAAAAUCAACUGGGAUACGGUUUGGAGGCCAAGCACCAAAGUAAAGUUUCAAGUCAGCACUGAGCUGAACCGUAACGUUGGCCUGCUCAGGCUCUUCCCAGGAAUCACUUCUGCUACUGUGAGAGCUUUCCUGCAACCGCCCAUGAAGGGCGUGGUCCUGGAGACCUAUGGCAGCGGAAACGCUCCCGAUAACCGUCCUGACCUGAUAAUGGACCUGAAGAAGGCCAUUGCCUCUGGUGUCAUCAUCAUGAACUGCACUCAGUGUCUGAGGGGCACCGUGUCCGCAUCAUACGCCACUGGAAUGGUGUUGAUGGAAGCAGGGCUGAUAGCUGGUGGUGAUAUGACUCCAGAGGCUGCCCUGUCAAAGUUGUCCUAUGUGUUGGCCAAGACGGACAUUGAUCUAGAAGCCAAGAAAAAGCUGAUGGGUCAGAACCUGCGAGGUGAAAUGAGCGUCGACUUAGUGGGAGCCAAGCUGUGUCUCAGCGACAGCCGCUUUAUCCAGGCCGUCGCCAAGUCUCUGAGCGUCAGCUGCAAGGAGGAGCUGGAAGCCAUUCGUGACGCUCUGACUCCUCCACUGGCUUGUGCUGCCGCUAAGAUUGGAGACAUAGAAGCUUUAGAAGCCCUUAAAGAAAUGGGCACCAACUUGUGUCUCGGUGACUAUGACGGACGUACACCCCUACACAUCGCGGCCUGUGAGGGCCACCUAAAUGUGGUGGAGUACCUUCUGAGUCAUGGAGCUACAGUCUACGCUAAAGAUCGCUACGGGGAUACACCCUUAUGCAAUGCUGUACGCUUCAGACACAAGGAAGUUGUGAAGCUUCUGAGAAAGACCGGAGCUCACUUCUCCAGAGACAAGCUGGAGGAAGCAGGAGCAGAACUGUGCAGUCUGGCAGCCAACAGUGACCUGGAUGGCCUGGAGAUCUGGAGCCUUGCCGGAGCAGACCUGACUAGACCAGGCUACGACGGACAGACGGCAUUUCAAGUGGCCCAGGCUGUCGGCAGAACUGAAGCAUUGGCGUUUUUAGAUCAGCUCUUGAACAAAAAACACCAGACAGUAUUUGGUGAAUUUAAUUCAUAUGAUGAAUAUGAGGAUGAUGAGGAGGACGGCGGAGUGAUUGAGUUCACUGCCAGGCCGUCAGCACUGUGAGGGGACGCUGCCUCAACCGACAGGAAGCCGUCCUGCGUUUGCUACCACUUCCUUCCCCGAGCCGUCCUGCACACGCUGUCCACCCUCCUGCUGAAUGUCACAGUUGCACUCACUUUUGAAUGUCUAUUUUUGAAUUGAUCUUUUUGCCAUUGAAAGCCAAUCACUGCUCACACGAAAGCCAGUUAACCAUUGUCCAGGAAGAGCAACCAUAAGUGUGUGUACGUACAUACUGUACGUAGGAAAUGUAUUAUCAUUCUGAAUGUUUUAACUUUUUUAUUUGUUUACGUCCAUGAACAACAGACUCAGUUAUUGUUACGACCUGUCAGGGAAUUCAGAGCUUCACCUGAGCUGUUCUAUCAUGGAGACCGCUGAAACUUCCCAUGAACAGCGAAGGAUGACGAUGAAAUUAAUUUUUUGGCAAACAAAGUUAAAAAGGGCACAUUACUUAAUUGAGUAUUGUCGUACUGUUCUACAGCAAUGUAUAAAUGACAUUUAAGAAGCACAGGGUACCUUCACAGAUCUUAUUUUUAUGCUUAUUUUUAUAGUAAGAUGAUGGAAAUAUCUUUAUAGAAAAUAUGUUUUCUGGAAUAUGAACCAACUGUAUCACUUGACUCGGGUCUAAAGUGUUUUCUCGAGUAUCGAAGCUGAGAUUCUCACUUCCGUCUGCUCAAACAGGAAUAACAAAAACCUGCUGUCACCUUCCAGACUCAUCCAGCCUGUUUCUCGUGCCGAUCGUUUAGCUGGAAGAGUCACAUCUCUCUUUUGAAAUGUAAAAGAAGAAAUUUAAUCGACACCAACGUCAAACCACGACAGUUUCUGUUUUCUAUCUUGUAUUUUCUCCUCUAUUUGUGUGUGUGACCACAAACAUGACUUGUUUUUUUUGUACAAGUAAGUGUUGUUUAACAGUGCUGCUCUCUGAUUUGACAUAAUUUAAUCUAAACCAAUCAAUGUUAUUUUGUUUUCACGCUUUGAUGUAAGAAAAUUACAUGUGACUUUAAGUUGCAAAUACUUAUGAAUUACUUGAAAGGUGCUGUUAUUGUCCCAAUUUUGUGCGUUUAAAAAAUGCAUGUGUAAAGCAGUUGUGUGUUUCUCCAAUGGAAAAUAAAUCUCUUG